AUGGCUGCCAGCUUCUCCAACUUAUCUGCUCUGUUUUAUGUUACUUUCUUUGUCUCAUGUUUCGUUCAUCUUUCAGUUAAUGUUGAGGCCAGCAAUGGUGGUGGUGGCUUCACUGUUGACCUCAUACACCGUGACUCUCCUCUCUCUCCAUUCUACAACCCAUCAAACACCCAUUUCGACCGUCUUCGCAAUGCUUUUCAUCGCUCAACUCUCCGUGCCGCCCAUUUCAAGCCCACCUCUACCUCUACCCCUCAAGACUCCAUCCAAUCACGAAUGAUAGCUUCUGCUGGUGAGUACCUCAUGAAUUUGUCCAUUGGAACGCCACCUGUUACCAUUCUUGGCAUCGCAGAUACUGGGAGUUCCCUUAUAUGGACACAAUGCGAACCUUGUAUUAAUUGUUACAAGCAAAAAGCUCCCAUCUACAAUUCCACACGAUCUUCUACUUACAAAGCCUUCUCCUGCGAUUCUAAAGCAUGUCAAGCCUUGGAGGAGCCGCCUAGUUGUACCGGCGUAUGUGAGUACACUGUGUUUUAUGGGGAUGGGUCCUCCACCUUUGGUGAUCUUGCUGCUGAAACAUUCACUUUUGGUUCCACUUCUGGACACCCAGUCUCUAUUCCAAAAGUAGUUUUUGGGUGUGGACGUGACAAUGGGGGCAUUUUCAAUGAGUCAACCUCUGGGAUAAUAGGCCUAGGAGGGGCCCAACUAUCACUAGUGAACCAAUUGAGUGAGAACAUCCAUGGGAAGUUCUCUUAUUGCUUAGUGCCGCCAUUCAAUGCAACUUCUUCUGGUGUCACAAGCAAGAUAAAUUUUGGUACUAAUGCCACAGUUUCAGGGUCCGGGGUGGUUUCGACUCCCUUGGUCUCAAAAACAGCUGAAUCCUUCUACUAUCUUACCCUGGAGGGUAUCACAGUUGGUAACAAGACCUUGCCAUACAAGUCCUCCUCGUUUAAAUCCAAAGCUGGUGUCAAUGAGGGUAACAUCAUUAUCGACUCAGGGACAACCCUAACGUUUCUUCACCAGGAUUUCUACAAAGGAUUAGAGUCGGCUUUGGUUGCUGCAAUCGGAGGAGCUAAAAGAGUCCCAGACCCACAAGGGACAUUCAAACUCUGUUAUGCAACUAAGGGCCAUGAUUUUAAGGUGCCCACCGUCACGUUUCACUUCACCGGAGCUGUCUUGGAUUUGCUGGCGUGGAGCACGUUCACCAAGGUACAAGAUGAUUUGACGUGCUUAACCAUUAUCCCUACCGAUAAUAUAGCCAUCUUUGGGAACCUAUCUCAGGUGAACUUCUUGGUUGGGUAUGAUCUUGUGAACAAGAAGGUUUCUUUCAAGCCUACUGAUUGUACCAAGGUUUAA